GUCGCGGGAGCCCGCAGUCAUGCUGAGAGCCUCAGCGGAGUCGGUGGACACAUGUCGCGCAGCUUUUCAACGUUACGAGAAAAAAUCGCCGAGUGACGUUUCGAUCGAAAAACCGAUGUCGCCGAAGACACGGUCCCGUACUGAAGCCGGCUGUGAAAUCGAAGCAAGAUUUUUAUAACGACGCGCCAUCUGUGAUAUCGAUGAUUGUAGCUCUAGUUUCAUGAGAAUACUGAAAAUUAUUUUACCGUAGAUAGUACGUUCAGUGAAGUGUCCACGCCUGUGCUGCUAGGGAUAACUAGCCAAGCGUUUACUGUGUUUUAGUUUUAUUACGUUGAUUUGAACUGGAUUAGUGGUAUUUGCUUUCAGGUCAACGUUAAGACUUCGAAGAAUGUAAGAAGAAAGUAAAGAAUCGGAGGGAAAAUCGAACUAUUGAACUUGUUAUUGGUCGUUUUGUAAAUCAGUUUAACGGAAAAGUCGUAAGCGGGGCCAUCCCGCCGUGUGGAUGGUGGCGGGCGAAUGGGGCUAUGCACCGGUGGCGGCCACCCCCGCCAUGAAUGCUUUCCUCGAAACCAACCAUGCGCACCUCGCCUCUUAUGGGCUGAAGAUGUCACCGCAGCCGGCUUGCGGUGUAAGCGCGCAGCAUCGCGCGGCCGCACCGCAUCCGCCGCCGCCGCAUCACCCACCGCACUACCAGCCGUAUCCUCUGCACUCUUACCAAACGGGCUAUUUACGAGACUACGGAGGUUGUGGCGAACUGUUUCCUCAACAGCCGCUGGAGCAGAGCUGGGAUUGGCGUGGAGAUGUACAUUACCAGAGCGGUGCUCCGCCGCUCGUUCCACACGCACAUCCGCAUGCACCGCAUGCAUUCCUCCGAUACGUACGCGCUCCACCGCGACGUGACAUGAGAUGUCAGUGGCUAGAUCCCGAACAGCCUCCACCUAGGAAACUAUGCAACAAACUUUUUUCAAGUAUGCAUGAAAUCGUGACGCAUUUAACAGUGGAGCACGUGGGUGGACCUGAGUGUACAACACACGCUUGUUUUUGGCAAGGCUGUUCACGAAAUGGGAGGCCAUUUAAAGCGAAGUAUAAGUUAGUGAAUCAUAUACGUGUUCAUACGGGAGAAAAGCCUUUUCCGUGCCCUUUUCCUGGUUGCGGAAAAGUGUUUGCUAGAUCUGAAAAUCUCAAGAUACAUAAAAGAACUCACACAGGUGAGAAACCAUUCAAAUGUGAAUACGCAGGUUGCGAUCGUCGGUUUGCCAACUCGUCUGAUAGGAAGAAACAUUCCCACGUGCACACAUCAGACAAGCCCUACAACUGUCGCGUGCAUGGCUGUGACAAGUCCUACACCCACCCAUCUUCACUACGAAAGCACAUGAAAGUCCACGGCGCUGCUGGCGACGCGUCCCCGCGCUACGACAGUGACGGCGAUGAUUCCUCCUCAGCAGGGAGCGUAAGCGUAACAGCUGGAGCUGCCAGUCCACCUGUCCCUAUUCCCCCACCACCGACAAUGGCUCCAGCACCGCCUCAUCACUCUCAGCAUCACCCAACAAUUACCGACAAGCUAGAGAGCCUCAACGAUAAGUACCUCAACCCUCACGACCAAAAAUCUUACGAAAGGCCACCUGCGCCUCCUCACCACAACCAACCCUCACAUCUCACAAAUAUAGGUGGUAAUGGUAUGAUGGAAAACAAAAUCGGCUUCGGUGGACAUUGGAGUCAGUUCCAGCAGCCUGCACCCGCGGUACCCCAUGGCGUGCCAGAAUGGUGGUGUCCUACGCAAGAGUCUUACCACCACCAUCAUUUAAUGCACCAUUCCGGUGCCGCUGCCGCAUAUUGACCGCACCGCGCUUAGAGAACUCUUCAUUCGACGAUAAGGAAGCAUAAUAAUCCACGCAGCCAAAGCUCCACAUAUUAUAUGCUUCACAAAAAUCCGCCUAAAGCUUGCAUUCAACUAUUCUUUUAACCUCGUUUCUUUAAAAAUACAUAUAAUAUAACGUGGAAUGAAAAGUUCACUAAAGCGCUACAGUUCUAUGCUUAUAAGAAUACAUUACGCUUAUUAAAAGAUAGAUGUUAUAAAUAAUCUGAUCGAUUUUAAAACAAUUGAAAUCAAUGCCAGAUUAACAGCCGUCCGAAGUUUCAUAUAAAUUGAAUCCUACUAUGAGUUAGCAAAGAGUUUUAUGAGAAAAUAGAAUACAAAAUAGUUGUAACAAAAGUAUCCAAACAACACUGGAUUUGGUGUGAACUUAAAACAACAGAGUUGUAAAUAAUGACCGCUGGCUGUCGAAAGCUUUACAGCAUGUUGUAUAUUUUAUGUAAACACAGUGUAUGUGUGGAGAAGUGUCUUAUUAUAUUUGACAAGAUAUACCUUCGCGGGUAUUGUUUGCGAAGAGUUUUGUGAUCUCUGGGACACGUUAAGCUGCCCAGUUUAAAAUUAUGUCAAAUGUCAUUGUUGACAUAUAUUUAUAACACACU